AUGUGCUCCCAAAAAUGGCUUAAUGUAACAUUUUAUACCGAAACUUUCGGAUUUUUCCUUUCUAUUUUUUUCAAUGGAAUCCUUUUUUCACUGGUUUACGAGAAACCAAAAUCUGUAUUCGGUAAUUAUAAAUAUCUGAUGAUGGCUUUUUCGGCACUCGGCAUUUUUUAUUCUUGCUGUAACUUUUGGGUCAUGCCGGUGGCAAUCUACUGUUCGUGUUAUGCUAUGAUGUUAUCCCUCCUCUCCAUUCAUUUCUUUUAUCGUUAUACCUCUGUAACCGCUCCCAUGUGGCUAUCCAAUCGUUUUUCCUCGAAAUCCUCUAUUUUCUGGUUUCUAUUUGUUUUCGUCUACUCAACAAUCUGGGGAUGCUCCAGUUAUUUUCUCUGUAAACCCACCGAAAACAAAGAUCGCGAAUUGCUCAGAGAAUUCAUGAAGGAGUACUGUAUGAAGCCGGAGGAGUAUGCUUAUGUGGGUCCUCAAUAUUUUUAUGAGAAUUUUGAAAACGGGAAGUUUAAAUUCCACUGGCCAUCAUUCCUGGGAAUUGGUAUUCUGGCUUCUCAAAUGAGUUCAACAUUCGUACUUGUUGUAUUUUUUGGAGUUAAAACUUAUCAAACUCUUGUUGAUAAGACCGGAAAUAAUUGUUUCGCUUCGAGAGAACUGCAAAAACAACUUUUCAAAACUCUGAUUAUCCAGACGAUAAUUCCAUCGAUUUUCAUGUAUUUCCCGGUGUCUUGUAUGUUUUUAUUCCCGAUUUUUGGGUUAAAAGUUGAAGCGAUGGCCAAUUUAAUUCCGAUUUCUGUUUCUGUUUAUCCAUGUUUGGAACCUCUUGUUGCGCUGAUUUUUAUCAGAGAUUUGAGAAAUCGAAUUGUGGGU